CCAUUUAUAGGCGCUAGAAUGGACAACGCUGGGUAUUGCAACGAGACCUAUGGAAGCCUUCACAACCCGGCUAGCGAUGAUGAGUUGGUCGAUAUAGCUGGAGCCACGCUCGAUUUCUCCAACACGGAGGACGUGCCACCUCUAGACCCCGAAUACGACGGUAAUACCGGUUACUCUAAUGGUAUGACCGGUAACGGGGCUGGUAGUUCCGGUAACGGUAAGCUGAUGGACCUACUAGACGAGCCGGUACCGGGGGUAGGGACCUACGAAGACUUCAACACCAUCGACUGGGUCAGAGAGAAGAGCAAGGACCGCGACCGACACAGAGAGAUCACCAGUAAGAGUGAGCAGUCUACCUGGGCCCUGCUCCACAGCAUCAGUGAUGCCUUCUCUGGCUGGCUCCUCAUGCUGCUCAUAGGACUCAUGUCAGGUGCUCUAGCAGGCUGUAUAGACAUCUCGGCCCACUGGUUAACAGACCUGAAGGAAGGUGUGUGUCUGUCUGGCUUCUGGUUCAACCAUGAACACUGCUGCUGGGGCUCUAACCAAACCACCUUUCAAGAGCGGGACAAGUGUCCACAGUGGCAGAGCUGGGCUGAACUGCUGGGUGGUAGCUCAGAGGGGGCGGCAGCGUACAUAGUCAACUACCUGAUGUUCAUGUUGUGCGCUCUACUGUUCUCCUUCCUGGCUGUCAUUCUGGUUCGGGCCUUCGCACCUUACGCCUGUGGAUCAGGAAUACCAGAGAUAAAGACCAUCCUCUCUGGGUUCAUCAUUAGAGGCUACCUGGGAAAAUGGACCCUAAUCAUCAAGACAAUUACCCUGGUCCUGGCUGUCUCUUCUGGUCUCAGUCUUGGCAAGGAAGGACCCCUGGUCCAUGUAGCAUGUUGCUGUGCCAACAUCCUCUGUCAUCUGUUCACAAAGUACCGACAGAACGAAGCAAAACGACGAGAGGUGUUAUCUGCAGCCGCAGCAGUGGGCGUGUCUGUGGCCUUUGGAGCUCCUAUAGGAGGAGUACUGUUCAGUUUAGAGGAGGUGAGCUACUACUUCCCUCUGAAGACUCUGUGGAGGUCGUUCUUCGCUGCGUUGGUGGCAGCCUUCACUCUGCGCUCCAUCAACCCGUUCGGUAACAGCCGACUGGUCUUGUUCUACGUAGAGUUCCAUACCCCCUGGCACAUGGUGGAGCUGGUCCCGUUCAUUCUGCUGGGCAUCUUCGGUGGCCUCUGGGGGGCGUUCUUCAUCAGGGCUAAUAUCGCCUGGUGCAGAAGACGUAAGACCACUCGUCUGGGCCACUACCCGGUGCUGGAGGUCUUGGUGGUAACUGGAAUCACAGCCCUCCUCUCCUUCCCUAACAGUUACACCAGGAUGAGUGGGUCAGAACUGAUCUCAGAACUGUUUAAUGACUGUUCUCUACUGGAUUCCUCACAGCUGUGUGACUACAACAGCUCUGAGAACAGGGCUUUCAGUAACACACUCCCUGAUAGGCCAGCUGGACCAGGUGUGUACACAGCGCUAUGGCAACUGGCUCUGGCCCUCUUCUUCAAGAUGCUGGUCACCGUGGUUACCUUCGGCAUGAAGGUCCCUUCCGGUCUCUUCAUCCCCAGUAUGGCUGUAGGGGCGAUAGCAGGCAGACUACUGGGAGUUGCCAUGGAACAGAUGGCAUUAAACCAUCAUGACUGGCUCAUCGUCAAGGGCUGGUGCUCGUCAGGGGCGGACUGUAUCACACCAGGGCUCUACGCUAUGGUGGGGGCAGCUGCAUGUCUGGGUGGUGUCACCCGUAUGACCAUAUCGCUGGUGGUCAUCAUGUUUGAGCUGACGGGCGGUCUGGAGUACAUUGUUCCUCUGAUGGCUGCGAUCAUGACCUCUAAGUGGGUAGCGGACGCGUUGGGGCGUGAGGGGAUCUACGAAGCCCACAUCAGACUCAACGGUUACCCCUUCCUGGAAACCAAAGAGGAGUAUGGACACAAGACCCUGGCUCAGGAUGUGAUGCGCCCUAGGCAGUCGGACCCUCUCCUAGUCGUGCUCACUCAGGAGGGUAUGAGUGUAGGGGAGAUAGAAGGGGUGAUAGCAGACACUGACUACAGUGGCUUCCCCGUAGUGGUGUCACAGGAGUCUCAGAGACUAGUGGGCUUCGUACUGAGGAGGGACCUGGUCAUAUCUCUAGACAACGCCCGUAAGCGACAGGAGGGGGUGGUCAGUGCCUCGUUAGUGUUCUUCUUGGAACACGUGCCCCCCCAGCCCUUCUCCGGUCCCCCUGUCGUCAAACUACGAGGUAUCCUGGACCUUAGUCCCUUCACUGUGACAGACCACACCCCCAUGGCGAUAGCUGUGGACAUCUUCAGGAAGCUGGGACUCAGACAGUGUCUGGUUACACACAACGGGAGGUUGCUGGGAAUCAUCACUAAGAAAGACAUUCUGAAGCACAUGGCUCAGAUGUCCAACAGAGACCCAGACUCUAUCCUCUUCAACUGAGACCCAGACUCUAUCCUCUUCAACUGAGACCCAGACUCUAUCCCCUUCAACGGAGACCCAGACUCUAUCCCCUUCAACGGAGACCCAGACUCUAUCCCCUUCAACGGAGACCCAGACUCUAUCCCCUUCAACGGAGACCCAGACUCUAUCCCCUUCAACGGAGACCCAGACUCUAUCCCCUUCAACGGAGACCCAGACUCUAUCCCCUUCAACGGAGACCCAGACUCUAUCCCCUUCAACGGAGACCCAGACUCUAUCCCCUUCAACGGAGACCCAGACUCUAUCCCCUUCAACGGAGACCCAGACUCU